AUGGGCCGCGGCGCCGGGCCCCUCCGCCGCCUGCUGCUCUCCUUCUUGCUGCUGCCCGCCUCCGGGGUGCGCCGGGGGGACGCCGCGCUAACGGCGGGGGAAGCGGAGCCGGCCGAGGAGGAGCUGCCGGAGUACCGAGACCCGUGCAAAGCCGCUGCCUUUUGGGGAGACAUCGCGUUGGAUGAAGAUGAUCUGAAGCUGUUUCAAAUAGACAGAACCGUUGCCUUGACAAAGCACUCGGCUGGCAGCGCAGGACACACCUCAGGAGGCCUGGAAGAACAGUCUCUCGUGUCAAGUGAGAACACCACUUCAACCAACCACAGCAACCAAGCAGUUAAAAAGGAGGACAGGCUGAACACAAGGCUGGCCAGGAGCCCCAGGAGGAAGGAGCGUGAGGCUGAGCCGGGGCCGGACACGCGCUCGUCUCGCAGAGCUCGCAGGGCAACCACGUCCCGGGCUGAGAGGAUCUGGCCUGGGGGAGUCAUCCCCUUUGUGAUCGGAGGGAACUUCACUGGGACACAGAGGGCUGUCUUCAAGCAGGCCAUGCGGCACUGGGAGAAGCACACGUGCGUCACCUUUGUGGAGAGAACGGACGAGGAGAGUUUCAUUGUGUUUACCUACAGGACAUGUGGGUGCUGCUCCUACGUGGGCCGCCGCGGCGGGGGCCCUCAGGCCAUAUCCAUCGGCAAGAACUGCGACAAGUUUGGGAUUGUGGCGCACGAGCUGGGCCACGUGGUGGGUUUCUGGCACGAGCACACGCGGCCUGACAGGGACCAGCACGUCACCAUCAUCAGAGAGAACAUACAGCAAGGACAGGAGUACAACUUCUUAAAGAUGGAAGCUGGGGAAGUGAACUCCCUGGGAGAGACCUAUGACUUCGACAGCAUCAUGCACUACGCUAGGAACACCUUCUCCAGGGGGGUUUUCCUGGACACCAUCCUUCCCCGCCGCGACGAUAACGGCGUCCGGCCCUCCAUCGGGCAGCGCGUCCGCCUCAGCCGGGGGGACAUCGCUCAGGCCAGGAAGCUGUACAAGUGCCCAGCUUGUGGAGAGACCUUGCAGGACUCCACGGGGAAUUUCUCAGCCCCUGGCUUUCCAAAUGGCUACCCCUCCUAUUCCCACUGUGUCUGGAGGAUCUCAGUGACCCCAGGGGAGAAGAUCAUGCUGAACUUCACCUCCAUGGACCUGUUUAAAAGCCGCCUCUGCUGGUACGAUUACGUGGAGGUGCGUGACGGCUACUGGAGGAAGGCUCCCCUGCUGGGUAGAUUUUGUGGUGACAAGAUCCCCGAGCCAGUGAUCUCCACAGACAGCAGGCUGUGGAUCGAGUUCCGGAGCAGCAGUAACAUCCUGGGCAAAGGCUUCUUUGUGGUCUAUGAAGCUAUUUGCGGUGGAGAAAUUCACAAAGAUGCUGGCCAGAUCCAGUCCCCCAACUACCCAGAUGACUACAGGCCCUCCAAGGAGUGCGUCUGGAAGAUCACAGUCUCUGAGGGCUUUCACAUAGGAGUCACAUUCCAGGCCUUUGAGAUUGAAUGGCACGACUCGUGUUCUUACGACUACCUGGAGAUCCGAGAUGGCCUCUCGGAGCACAGCCCGCUGCUCGGCCACUUCUGUGGCUAUGAGAAGCCAGAGGAUAUCAAAUCCAGUUCCAAUAAAGUGUGGAUGAAGUUUGCCUCCGAUGCAACCAUCAAUAAAGCAGGCUUUGCAGCGAAUUUCUUUAAAGAGACGGAUGAAUGUUCUCUGCCGGACAACGGCGGGUGUGAGCAGCACUGUGAGAACACCCUGGGCAGCUACAAGUGCACCUGUGAGCCUGGCUAUGAGCUGGCAGCUGAUAAGAAGAGCUGUGAAGCUGCCUGUGGGGGCUUCAUCACCAAGCUCAAUGGGACCAUUACUAGCCCUGGCUGGCCCAAGGAGUAUCCUACUAACAAACACUGCGUCUGGCAGGUGGUGGCUCCAGCCCAGCACCGCAUCUCGCUGCAGUUCGAAGUGUUUGAGCUGGAAGGCAACGAUGUCUGUAAGUACGACUACAUCGAGGUGCGUAGCGGGCUGGCUUCUGACUCCAGGCUGCAUGGCAGGUUCUGUGGCUCAGAGAAGCCCGAAGUCAUCACCUCCCAGGGCAACAACAUGAGGCUGGAGUUCAAGUCGGACAACACGGUCUCCAAGAAAGGCUUUAAAGUUCACUACUUCUCUGACAAGGAUGAAUGCUCCAAGGACAACGGUGGUUGCCAGCACGAGUGCAUCAACACCUUUGGCAGCUACGUGUGCCAGUGCAGAAAUGGCUUUGUGCUGCACGAGAAUGGCCAUGACUGUAAGGAAGCUGGUUGUGAGCACAGGCUGAGCGGGGCAGAGGGAACACUGAGCAGUCCCAACUGGCCUGACAAGUACCCCAGCAGGAAGGAGUGCACAUGGGCCAUCUCUGCAACGCCGGGCCACCGAGUGAAAGUAACUUUCAAUGAGUUUGAGAUUGAACAGCACCAAGAAUGUGCCUAUGACCACCUGGAGGUGUAUGACGGGCCCAACAGCAAGUCACCCAUCCUGGGCCGCUUCUGUGGCAGCAAGAAACCAGACCCUGUAGUGGCUUCUACCAACAGGAUGUUCCUCAGGUUUUACUCUGAUGCUUCUGUGCAAAGAAAAGGUUUCCAGGCAAAGCACAGCACAGAGUGUGGUGGGCUCCUGAAGGCCGAAGUGCGAACCAAGGAGCUGUAUUCCCACGCUCAGUUCGGGGACAACAACUACCCAGGUCAAGCAAACUGUGAGUGGGUGAUUGUAGCUGAAGAUGGUUAUGGGGUGGAGCUGAUAUUCCAGACGUUUGAGAUGGAGGAGGAGGCUGACUGUGGCUACGACUCGGUGGAGGUUUACGACGGUUACGACAGCACUGCCCCCCGCCUGGGACGCUUCUGCGGCUCGGGGCCUCUGGAAGAAAUCUACUCUGCAGGGGAUUCCAUCAUGAUUCGGUUCCACACAGAUGACACCAUCAACAAGAAAGGCUUUCACGCCCAGUACACGAGUACCAAAUUUCAGGACGCGUUGCACAUGAGGAAGUAG